AUGAAUGCGAUAUUUAAUACUCCAACUGUAUGCACUGGAAGAUCUCCACAACAAAAAUUGUCUUACAAUUCCCCAACACCUACAAGCUCCACUCCAUACAGAGCAGUACCAAAGCCUGCAGCACGUGGGCAGGGUAGCUUUGGUUGUGACCCAGGAUAUGAUAAGGAAAACUAUCGAACAGGAGCAGCCAGCGUACGUGUCCGUGGACCAGUCAAGAUCAUAGAUGAGCGUGGUACAAGACCUAGGAGUAUCUAUACAACUCCACAAAGGCCCGCACUGAAAGGAUUAUUCAGUCCAAGGGGCUCGCGACAACGCGCGCGGUCUUCGGAGCGUUCUGCUGCUGAAUCACCCGCGUUUUCUGGCGGGAAGACACCUUGUGAUUCCACGCGGCAGGCGAGAUCCACAGCGAAGACACCCAGACUGAAACAAAGGGUGUUUGCUUCUUUGGAACGUAAAGCAGAUCGUGUAAUAAAUCUUCUAACACCCAGAAAACUCAAGACUGAUUCUCCUCAAAUUUUGAAGACCGUGGAGGGUAAAAUCAACGUAUCUGUCACCAACUCCGUUGACCCAGAACGCAUAAGACAGGAGCUAAUAAAAGUGUUCGAGCAGCAAUGCAUCAAGUAUGAAGUCAAUGGGUAA